AUGAAGUCACUUCGAAGAUCAUUGAAUGAUAAAAAUCAAAAUGGAAAUAAUCAUUCCCACAACAAUUCAUCAUCAUCAUCUUCUUCACCUAUGCCAUCACCACCUUUACCCCUAGGUCGACCGAGCCAGAAAGUCGCGCCACCGCAGAAAGUGAUCAAAGCUCUUGAAUCACAUAGGAGUACGAGCCCGCAAGAGUUGAGUUACAAUAAAGGUGAUUUCUGGUAUGUCACUGGUGAGAGAAAUGAAUGGUAUGAAGCUCUGAAUCCUCUGACUGGAUCAAGAGGUUUGGUACCAAAAGCAGAUUUCGAGGAGUUCAUUAAAGGUGGAAGACAUCCUUCAGGCCAGAAGUCCAUUGAUCAAGGAAGACCAUAUACUCCCUCGCAAGGUCAUCUAUCCCAGUCAAGUGACCCUCGAUCACCACCCGGAACAAAUCCCUCUCCUCCCCAAUCUGCAGAAGGUACAAGAGCAAAGCCUAAACAGCCCGUUUAUGCUAUCGUGCAAUACGACUUUCACGCAGAGAGACCAGAUGAGCUGGACGCAAAGAAGGGAGAAUCAAUCGUGGUCAUAGCUCAAAGCAAUCAUGAGUGGUUCGUCGCUAAGCCAAUCGGUCGACUGGGAGGACCCGGUUUGAUACCUGUCGCUUUUGUCGAAAUUCGCGAUCCUGCUACGGGUAAACCUGUUGAAAUGAAUCCCAACAUGGUACCGGCGGUUGAAGAAUGGAAGAAGGCUACAGCGGACUAUAAAGCAGCUGCCAUUCCUCUAGGACGCUUCGAUAUCUCUCCAGAACAAGCAGUGACCAAUUCUCCUUAUGCCCCAGCGCAAACUUCAAGCGCAGCUGCAUCGCAGUCAUCUCUACCUCGAACCGGGUCCACAAGUUCCGUCAAUCAGUCUCAAAACGGUCGGAUAAGUCAAAAUCGAAUAUCUGUUCCUCCACCUAAUCAACCGAUCGAACCUGUAUAUCGACCGGAACAAGAUCCAAUGUUCCCUCCUGGAGAGUUGACUUCCUUAGGUGUUCCUUCAUUCCAUAACGAAUCAGGAAACUACUGGUUCAGACUGCAGGUCAACUUCGUGCCCGAUGAACCAUCUGCUCCUGCAUAUACAUUGAGUUUAUACAGGACCUAUGAAGAUUUCUACGAUUUCCAAAUUACUUUAUUGGAUACAUUCCCUUACGAAGCUGGAAGAUCUAGACCCGGUGAAGAAGAUCAAUCUCCCCCUGAACGGAUACUGCCUUAUAUGCCUGGACCAGUGGAUGAUGAGAUCGAUGACGAAUUGACGGAAUACAGAAGAGAGGAGUUAGAUGCCUAUGUCAGAGCUUUGGUCGAGCUACGAGGUAGACAAGCUGGGUAUAUCCUUCGUCACGAUUUGAUCAGAACCUUUUUCGCUGCUAAAUAUGGAGACUACUGUGAAGAGGUUCCGCGAGAGGACAUACUUGGAGAAUUGGAAGAACGAUUGGCUGAAGUUCACGUUUCUGAGCAUUCACAUCAAAGAGGAUUAUCAGCUGGAGGUGGAAUACACACACAAGAUCCACGUUCACAAUCAUCGUUAUCUAGGCAUUCACAAAGAUCAAGCUCAAAUCAAGAUGAUCGAUAUUCACCUCAACCAUUCUCGACACAAGUCCAUCAACCUGGAUCAAGGAGUAUAUCAUCACGCGGUGCUUCACCGUUACCGCCAAUAGAUACACAAUCUACUAUAAGACCAAACUCAAAUAGACAAUCUGGAUUACUGUCUUCCGGUGGUGCAUCACACCAAUACACGUCAAAUGGACCGUCCUCUGGACAAAGUUCUUCCACAUGGGGCAUGGGUGCAAAUGGAUCAUCUUCCUCGACCACACCUACUCCCGCUUCUCAAGGACAAGGACAAGGUCAACCGCCAUAUAUCAAAAUAAAGAUAUAUGAUAGAGCUACAGAUGAUUUGAUCGCUAUAAGAGUACACCCAUCAGUAACUCAUAUGGAAUUGAUCGAAAAGGUCAGAGCUAGACUAGGUCCAAACGUAACUAUGCUAAGGUACAGAUCAUCAAUGGAUGGCAAUGCACCCGGUACGAAUACAGGAGGAUAUAAGGAGUUGAGAGAUGACAGGGAAUUGAGGGAUUGGAUGAGGAUAGAAGAUCAGAAAUUAGUUUUGUAUGCUGAGCAAUAG